CAAGGGCACAUGCAUAAAUUCAUUACUUCUCUCCUCUUCUUCCCCAAGCCCCAGCGAAUUGGUAGAAUCGCGAGACGGUUCUCCCUCCUCCUGGCGUGCCAUGGCUUCCGUAGAGCAGCCUCUUAAAAAGCGAAAGUUGUACGAGCCACUGCCGGAACCAACGCCUCCGCCGCCGGCACAGCCGCCACAAGCCCUUAACCAGAAUUUCCUAGUUCUACCGCUCUCUCAGGAAGAAAUCCUUAGACGACGCAGAAACAGAGAGGCAAUUAGAAGCGUCUACGAUGCUUACAAGCAAAUUAAACUCUGCGUCUCUCGAAAGGAUCCCCUUCUCAUGCCCGAGCUCGAGCAAGCCUAUCUUUCUCUCAUUAGUGCUUGUAGAGGUUCUACGAGUGUGCAGCGCAUUCUAGCAGAUCUUAUCCCCCGAUAUGCAUCAUACUGCCCAACUGCCCUUGAAGCUGCAGCUAAAGUUACUAUCAAUAUGCACAACUGUGGCUUAGCAGUGAUAAACAGAGGAGAGGAUACUGAUGAUGUUGCAUUCAGCACUGCGAAAGCUUGUAUUUCUGGUCUAGCUGAUAUCUGCCUUGCUGCUUCAGCAGCAGGACCAACCUCAUCUGUUAUUCAAGGCAUCUGUUCUGCAGUUUUCUUUAAUGUGCUUUCUUUCCUAUUAUUAUCUUUUGAGGGGAGGGAUAUUUUUCAGAUUGUUGACUUGGAAACUUUAAAGAUUCGAGAUUCUGCUGAAUUCUUUUCUGAGCUGAAGCAAAAGUUUUCAGAUGAAGAUGAUUCUGCAGUGUUUAAAUUGUCCAAGCUCCGUGCACUAUGUCUCCUGAGGAUUUUCUUUUCCUGCCCAAGAAACUUUCUUGCAACUUGUUUUGAGUUCUUUGACUCCACUGAAACAGAGGCAACACCCAAAGAAGGAUUGUACUUCCUUAAUCAAGUAACGAGCAAGCUUGACAUUGCCAAUGUGGUUUGCGAUAUCAAUAUUAAAAGAAAUAAUCCAGGAUCAGCACUGCCUGCUGCAGAAAAAGAUGGUGGAGGCAAUGAUGUCCUUAGAGAGGGUGGCAACAAGGUUCUAGAGAAUGCUUCUCCUGUUAAAAGGAACUGCUUGCUGGGAUUGGUUGUUGACAAGGAACCCUCAUUGAGAAGGUGGAUAUUCUCCAAAUAUAAGAAAUUAUGUAAAUCAGCAGCUCCGGAAGUUGUAUCAGAAGUUACAUCUGUCCUUGAUGGAAUAUUUGAAUCUUUUAGUGAGCUUGUAAAGCUAGAAGACAGUCAACUAGACAGUGAUGAGGAUGAUUCAGAUCCAUUGAAAUAUGUAAAUAGACAGUAUUUGGUGCCUGGCAUGAGUGAAACUGAAGCAUCUCCCAAAGUUUCUGGAAGAGAUAGUUCUCCAAAAGUUCAUGAUGGAUCUCAUAUUGAUGAUUUAGCAGACAAAUUGUCAGGUCAAUAUUUGAAGCGCCAAGGCUCAUUACUUAGUAUUGACACUGAUCUCCUGUCAAAUGCGAGUUCAAGUUAUGAUAGCGGUGGGUUAAAAUCGGUAAAUUUUGACACUGGGGAGCAAGUUGAUCGAUCACGUGGUAGGUCUUCCACUCCCAGGGAUCUGCUAACUAAUCAAAUGCCUUCACCCAUCUCAACAAAAACAUUAGACUUCAGGACUAGUUCAUUGGAACGUAAAAAUCAUUUUGCCCAAACUGAGAAAAAUCAAGUUUCAAACUUGGAUCUUAGUUUACCUGCUGUUAGGUCCUCCAGUGGAGGUGCACAUACUGCUUUUGAAUCUCCUAGAGACAAUCUAGCAGUGCAGUAUCCUUCUGUUAGUGAUCAAGUUAUACGGGACUCUGAUGGGGACCCUGCAGCCAUGGAUAUUUUUUCAGCUUCUAAACAGCUCUGGUUAGGUUCUUUAGGCCCCAAUGCAUCUGAAGCACUUGUGAGGGUUCAGUUUGAGAACUUUGGUCCUCUAGAACAGUUCUCAUACUUUCCAUUUAAGGGAUUUGCCUUGAUUGAGUACAGAUAUAUCAUGGAUGCCAUAAAAGCUAGAGAGAUCAUGCAGGGACGUUCACCUUGGGGUGCUUGUCUUCGCAUCAAGUUUCUGGAUAAAGGAUUGGGAACCAGGAGAAUUGUGAACGGUAUUGCUGUUGGUUCUAGUUGCCAAGUUUAUGUUGGAAAUGUUUCAAGUCAAUGGGCCAAGGAUGAGAUCCUCCAGGAUUUGAUGAAUGUUUUCUACAAGAUCCCUCGCAUGGUAACUGAUCUUACUAGUGAAGGUGCAUUGCUGUUGGAAUUUGAGACUCCUGAAGAGGCUGCCAAUGUGAUGGCUCAUCUUAGGCAGCAACGCAAGCUAAAAAAUUAUCCUCUACAGUCAAAUUCAGCUCCAGCUAAUGUUGCCAGACCUAUAGGACCUGCUUCUACUCAUGCUGACCUUAGAGGCAACAAUCUUGUGAACAACAAUGUUGAACCACCGCAUCCUCAAACAGUGGUUGGGAGCCCUACCGACAGCUAUAGCACAAGGAUGUCUCGUUUGACUUCCUUACUUUCAUCUUUGCGUACAAAAUAUAAUAUUACAGAUAAUUCAAGUUAUGUUGACACACAUAUAUCUGGAAACAGUGGCAGAGAAGAAGACCGAUUGCCUUCAAGCACUCUUCAGAUUAACAUUCCAAACAGUAGUUCUCCAUUCCUUACUGAUGACGAGCUUAUGACUGUUUGUAAUCUUGCUAUUGGAAAUGUGGGUUCUGUUGUCCGGUUGUCACGUUCAAAUAUGCAGAUGGGGUGUUCUUGGUUUAUUGAAUGCAGCAGCAUAGAUGCUGCAAAUACUCUCUUAAAAAAUCUUCGGGAUUGUCCUAUGAUUUUCUUCUUCAUUGAAUCCAGUCAACCAGGAAAGCACCAAGUUUCUCCUUUCACAGCCAAACCUGAAAGCAGUUCUACAGAGUUUGCAGCACCCAGAUUGAAUCUAGAAAAUCAUGGGAACAGAAAGCAAAGUGGACAUGCAUUUCAGUCAAACUGGACUGCUUUUGGUGGUGCAGGGACACCUGAAGUUGCACCAAGAAAUUUUGAUGGUUACAACAAUAACAUAGUGGCGAAUCCUCUAACUGGAGGUGGAAAUGCUUUUUCUGGCACAGCUGACCAAAUGUGGAUGUAUAGAAGACCUGAACUUGAGCUGCCAUCUGCACCGCAGAACACUCCACGCAUACCUGCACCUUGUCAGGGAUCUAGUAUUCCACCACCACAGCCAUUUCAUCCUUCUUUCAUGCGACCUGCCUUUUUCCCGCCAAACACUUCCUGGGAUGCACGUGGACCGAGCCAUCAUCAGCCUUUGAACUUAAUCUCACCAGGUUUAUCUAACAAUCCUCAUGGUAAUUGUGUUGCACCCCCUUUUAUACCUGCUUCUGUGACCCCACUUGCACAAUUACGUGGAAACUCACUGCAGCAUUCCAGCCAGAUGUUUCCUCUUCCUGUUGUGCCACCCCGGAUGGUAUCCUUACCACCUCUUCAGCCUGAUAUGCCACCUCCAUUGCCUCUUCCCCCAGCUCCUUUGCCUCACUAUCAGCCACCUCUGGUUCCCCCACCACCUAGCUCUCCCCCUCCACUUCCACCUCCACCUCCGCCUGCAUACCUGUCUUCAAUGCCACCAUCAGCAUCUUCCCAGGUGGAAAGUUUUGGACAUCAUUUACAACAUCAAUGGCAGGGAACAUUGUCUAAAAGUGGGGUUCACUACUGUACAAUUUAUGCACAUAGAGUGGAUUCUGAUGCUUGCAAGUACUCAAGUGGCAUUCGUGAGCCUGCAGAAUGGCCUGUGAAAUUAGAUAUGAUGAAACGCACAGAUUUUCAACAUGUGAAAUCAACAUUUUCUAGUACUCCACCUCAUAAAAGAGAAGUGUGUUGGCUGUUCCCGUCAUCUGAAGGUGACUGUAAAGGCUUUCAGGAUUUCAUAACUUACUUGAAGCAGAGAGAAUGUGCUGGCGUGAUCAAGAUACCGGGUACCAAAUCCAUAUGGGCAAGGCUUCUUUUCAUUAUUCCCUGUUCUGAGGAUGCAUUUUCAAUGCUCUCCAUUCCACCCAAUCCCUCAGAGUGCCUAAUUGCUCUAAUUUUGCCUAAAGUAUCAAACUUUGAGUGGUCGUCUUUCCGUCCAGAAUUCUUCCAACGGAAUUCAGCGGGACCUCCUCUGGCACUUCUCCUAAAAAUGUCCAAUCGGUACGCCGGCAACAGGCACGACGGAAACAAGGGCCCGCCGAGAACCACCCAAAAGAAGUUCGUUCCCAGAACCACUCCCAAUGCAACCACAAAAGAAUCGACACCACAGGCCGCUCAACCACCGCUAUCCAGUACUCUCAGACAAUCCCUUUCGAGUCAAUCACAUGGCCCCGCCGCCACACCGAGCGCCGGUGGCUGUAAUUUCUUGAAUUACUUGCCCCAAGACGAGGCGGUGGCGGCAGGUCUCAGCGCCGCCGAAGGCGGAUUGGAUCCCGUGGAGUCUCAACGAGUUGUCGAUCUUCUCAACGGGCAGCUGUCUCGCUUGCUCAAAUUGAGUCCUAGAGAUUUCUGGAGAGAAGUGGCUAGAGAUUCUUCCUUGCACAACUUUCUGGAUAGCUUCCUACAAUUUAGGAGUAGGUGGUAUGAUUUCCCCUACCAUGGCGUAAAAGGACUAGUUGCAGGGGUCAUUGUAGGGGAAUACGAGCUGAGCAGGCGUGUUUUCAUGGUCUUAUACCGCAUAUCCUCCAAUCGGGAUCCUGGUGCUAGGGCUGCUGAUAGUCUCAGUCCAAAAGACCAUGCAGCCCUUUUGCAGGAGAAGAAGUUGCUUGAUUUGCCUAAAUUGCUAGACAUAUGUGCGAUGUAUGGCCAUGAAAAUGAAGAGCUGACACAUGCACUGGUUAUGAAUGCUAUGGUGGCUCAGCCUGGGAUCCAUGAUGAUUUCACUGCUGCCCUCUCUCAUUUCAUGAAUAUUGUCCACACAAUGCAUCAACGUUGCAGUGCAUCAUUAGAGGUUCUAUUUUCUUCUCAAGGAGGUGAAAAUCAUGGAUCUGGUCAACUACAUGCAGACUAUUUGGAGGUAAUGGAUUUCAUAAAUGAUGCAAUUGUCUCCAUGGAUGCUUUUGUCAGUGCAUACAAGCCUUCUGCUGUCUUUUUCUCAUAUCCGGUGGAAACAAGUUAUGGAAAUGAGGAUUUGGUAAACACCCUUGCAAGAUUACAUGAUUCAUUGCUGCCUUCUUUACAGAAAGGGUUCCAAAUUAUGUUUACCACAGGAGAAGAUGGACUGCAGGGACAAUUUGGUGAUCUUCUUUCUAAUGUCGGUCUAAGUUUGAAGAUGUUAUCUACAAGGAUAUUGAAGUUUGGCUGGAAAUUACUUGAUUGUUGCUAUCUCAGUGAUGAAGUGUUUGGAAGCAACUUCCCUCUUCCAGUAGCCACAAAGAUGUUCCCAGCAAAAGUAGAGGAUUGUGUCAUAAGGGCUGACAUUUUGGUUCAGACUUUUAGGGAGAUCAGUUUUGUACAUUCUCAAGUUCAGGAGGGCCAAAACAGGGGAACAUUUCUCCAAAAUGUUGAAAAAAAUCACAAGAUAAUGAGUCGAAUUGCACUUUUACGAAGUACUGGAUGGAUUUUAAUGGAUGAUGAGCAAUUUCAGUAUCUUUCGGGAAUCAUGAAGCAUCCCAUGGAAGCCAUUGCUGAUAAAGUGCCACAGCCAAUCUCUCUGACAAGCAAGGAUUUCCAGGUGGAUGAAGACACUGCAAUAAUUGAGUCCAAAAUCAGUCAAAUAAAAGACAUUUUCCCUGACUACGGAAAGGGGUUCUUAUCUGCCUGCCUUGAAGUGUAUAACCAGAAUCCAGAAGAGGUGAUUCAGAGCAUUCUGGAAGGAACUCUCCAUGAAGAUUUACAGGCUCUAGACCCAUCACUGGAAAGCAUUCCACCUCGCAAGUCUGCUCCAGUGAGCAAGAACGAUAAAGGCAAAGGCAAACUGUCGGAGUAUGAAGCACCUGCCUCCACCAAUGCGAUACCUACAAGUAGAGGGCUUCAAACUGAGAAGCCUUCAGCUUCAGCAUCGUCUUUAGUUGGGAGAUUUGUCAGGAAGUCUACAGCCACCUCACCCAAUUCUCAGAUCCUGGAUUCCAGAGAUAAAAAGGAUUUAGCAAAGACUGCGGCGCUGAUCUCUCAACUUGAGUAUGAAGAUGAGUAUGAUGACUCUUUUGAUGAUUUGGGACUGAGUAUCGCCGAUUCAGGUGGGCUGGAGGAAAGUGAAAUAUUGGAAGAUAAGACAAAUUCAAAUAGGGGGAAAUCAUGGGGGACAGGAACAGGAACAGGAACCCCUGCUCCAUCGGAUAGUUCAAGAUGGAACUCGCGAAAGAAGCCACAAUUCUAUGUCAAGGACGGUAAGAACUACAGCUACAAGGUGGCAGAUUCAGUUGCGGUUGCAAAUUACAAUGAAGCCACAAUAGUUAAUCAAGCUCAGAGAGAACUAAUCCACGGCCUUGGACGGGGUGGUAACAUUCCUUUGGGUGCGGUCAAGAAGCUGACAGAGUCGAGCGAGGAGCAGGCUCAGGACGACGAGGCUGGUGUUACUGACACUGCAGCGGGACGGGGGAAUCACAGGGGUGGUAGAGGGAGGAGGGGAGGAGGAAGAAACAAUUACAGGAAAGAUAGAGCCAUGAAGAAACAUUUCUCUGGAUUGUCCGGUUAUUAAUUAGAGGCAGAAACGAGUUGUUAAAAUCUAAUUUCCAAUUCAGGUCCAUUUUCUUAUAUAUUGUAAAACUAUCAUAUUUAGGCUCUGUUUUGUUUUGUGUUCAGAAAAAGAAUAAACAUCUCUAUCUGGAAGGAAAUGGUAGUUGUUUGAAUCUCUCUC